AUGUACCAUAUUGUACCCAAUGGUAACCUGUACACCGCAUUAGCACGUAUUACCCACCCUCUACGGAGCGGCAAGCAAGUGCUUGCUGCAGGAGUCGACACGGAAGAUCCAGAUUACCCCGUCUCUUCCGCCAUUUCGGCAUCUUCUCCGCCGUUCCACUCGCGAGACGCGCGUAUUCGUGACCAAUCGCGUCUGGCACCAUCACUACUCUUGUCCUCUCCCCCAAGAGACUCGAGCCCGUCAACCACUGGUUCCCCCGGUCAGCGAGCCUCCCCGAGUAUCGGUCUCGACCCUCCACCGCUCCCAUUCCUGACCUCAUACCGCGGGGCCGAAGAAUCCCUGACCUCCUCACCUGUCAAUCGGAGGGCGGAAAGCAGUAUCUACUACACCACUGCGUGGGGUUCCCCGUAUGCAGCACCCAGCACUCGGAGAUUGUCAGUGACCCAAAGCCAAGUAACUGGUAUCAAUCUCGGAUCUGGUCCCAGCUCGCCAGUAUCGUCGGUAGCCAAGCACACCGAGUUCCGGAGAUCGAGUGCCGCAAACGACGACACUCUUGAACCCGUCGACCGCGAUCUUGAUCAAAGCGGAGAGAAAUCGAUCCGCGAUUUCACGCAGGAUUGGAUCAAUCAGUAUUUGACCGGGCAGCCUAGAACGGAGCGCAGCAAUUGGCUCAGCGACGACUCGGGAAGUGAAGCACCUUCGUUCUUUACCGCCAAGAAUCAUCUUGCAGACGACGCCUCAGACGAUUGGCUUGGUCUGGAGGACGAUUAUCGCAACGACGAUCUGUUGAGGACUCCAACGCUAUCUGAUUUCGUCGGGAGAAAACCUAACGCUCGUGCAAAAGCCAAGAACAACUUACAUAAACGCGCCGAUACCCUGCGCCAGGAGGACUUUUGGGGUUUCGCUUACGAUAAAGAACCCCCGAGGACCAACAUGUCAGACCCAAUCCAUACGCAACCCGCCGUGGAGGCGAAUUCGCCGGUAGAGAAGCCGUUACCCCCCCCCCCGGCCAAUGCGACAGAAGAUAUCACAAGUAUGGAGGAACGUCCAUCAAAAACGCUGGUUUCUGAACUCAGUCGAUCAGCCACCCAAAUGCCACGGCGGAGGAAGAAACUCAACUGGCGUGGAAAGGCAUGCAUAAUUGACUUGCCACAAGCAGAUCAAAGAGGCUCGGAUAGCUCCGGUUAUCGACUAUUAACGCCAUCCGAUGUUCAAGAGCGAAUGCGAAAAUGGGAGGAGGAGGGGUACGAUGUUCGUGGAUUCACCAUUGGCGAUUCCCAAGAUCCUUCCGCAACCACAACUCUAGGAGGUCUCAGCCGCCCCCUGUAUCCCGACCCAUACGAACUAUACGAGGCCUCAAAGGCCCAAGAGCUGGUCGUCAACUUCCCAGACAGAGCCAAGUGGGAAUCUUACAUCACUGAGCUUCAAGAAGAAAAAUUACGCGCCCUAGGAGUAUCUUUUGGCAACGAUGAACCCGAGGAGUCCAUAUCACCCGACUACUCGAUCAAACAGAACGGAACACCUUUCCCUGGUCUUGUUGCAUCUCCUCCAAUUCCUACUGCAUCAGCAGCGAGCAAUCCUCUCGGUCAAAUCCAUCCGUUCUCACCCCACUUCAACCAAUCAUCGAUGCCAACCCCGAAUGUUAUAGGUGGGUUGGCAUCGCCUGCUUCACAAUUCGGUAUGCAAACGCCCUACAUGGGCGUCGAGCAGAAUAUGAUGGGAGGAUUCCCCUUCCAGUAUCAACCUACGCCUCCCGCCCAGGGUUCCAUGACUCCACAAGGAUUCAUCAACGCCCGGCAGGCAAGUGCUUCGACUGGCCCAGGAGCAAUGGGCAACUUUACCUCCAUGCUUUCGCCUGUCUCCCCGCUGCAUGACCAAGGGUCCUUCCACGCUGGAUUCAACGACAAGGGUGCUUUCGAUGAUCAGUUUAGCCACAAUAUGCAACAGGAAUACCAGCCUCCCAAGACCCCUAUCAACGGACACCCGGAUCAUUUCCACACAUCCAAUCUGGAGAUUGCCCACCCCACACCUCGUGGACAUGGUCACAACCUGAGCGAAACUCUACAGAGAGGAUUGGAUCAGAUGACGCAUACCGAUUACCAUUUGGAGGACUCGAUCGAACGCCAGUUGGAGGAUGAUUAUCGCGAUGUCAACCACGCUGGCAUGAAUGCUACUAUGCUCAAGUCGCACUGGACAUUGCCCGAAAAUGAGCACCACACCCAGAAUCCUUUCAUUCAACACCAGCACCCUCAUCAAUUUUACGGAGAUCAAUAUCAGCAACACAACACCCACGAUGGCUCUGACUUGGACACGAACCCUAGUGUUGCGGGUACACCGCACACCCGCCAAGGCCAGUGGCAUGAACCCCAGCCCAGUGGACACUCUUACCAGAGAGGACACCACCAGCAUCUCUCGAUCUCAUCUCUCAACGUGGAAGCAAAAGAGUUCGACCCUACCGCAUCGUUCAAUUCUCAAGCUGUGCCGUUUGGAAAUGAUGCGUUCCAGUUCAGUGGUAUGGGCGAGCAAAAAUUCGGGUUUGCGCCGCCUCCUUCUUUCGCACCUGGUAAUAGCCUGAACGGUCCUAUGGAUCGUGAGCCGAACCACAAUGCCAGUAGCGGAUUUAGGUUCUCUGCCGCCUCGUUCAACGUCGACGCGCCUGUUUUCAACCCUUCUGCCAGCAUCACCUCUAAAGUCAGUUCCGAGCAACCCUCCAGCCAGGCCAAGAUCUUCGGAGACAUUGAUAUCGAAGAAAUCUCCAAGCCUGCCAAGGCGUCCAAGGCUAUUCCCAUCGUUCGACCGGAUGAGACCGAGCAAGAAAAUGCGGAAGGAGAGGUGGCCACCGAGAAUGACUCUCAGGGUCACCCUGUGCCCACUGACCGCCACAAGCGUGCGCGUCGCGGUGUCGGUCACGCCGAGGGCGAGUCUAGAUACAGUAUCUCAACCCAUCCUCUGGGGGAGACGGGCAAUGCCCAAGCUUCCAGUGCGAUUCAUGCAGUCGCCGAGGGCAAGGAGAAUGCCAUGCCUGGGGACAACCCUGUGGACCGACGGGGUACCCCUGCCAGCGAAGCCACCACUUGGACCCUGUUCGACGCAAAACACGAAGCUGAAAACAGGUCGCUUGCAGGAUCACCUGUUCGCGAGGAACCUGCUCUAGAGGCCCAGGAGGCUUCUAAGGAUAUUAUUAUCGAGGAGCGCGAGCCGAAGGAGCCUGCUGCAGGCGAUGAUACCUCUGUAACUGUAUCUAAGGUUGUCAGCCAUGCCGCUAAUCCAUCUAAGAGCUCUGUCAAGAGUACCACACUGUCGGCUACUGCUCCGACUUUCGAGUUCAAGCCUGCUGUUUCCGAAUUUGUUUCUACGACAGUCAAGCCGUCCAGCUUUGCUGAGCCCGAAUCCGCUGGAAGUAAACCCGCGCAAAGUGGACUCAUGGCUUCGCGCUUCGCUGCUUCAAGCCCACCCAAGAAGGAGACUGAGCCUCAGGCCACCACUCCCUCUCGCCAGCAACCAGAGUUCAUUUCUCGGCAACCUAAAGAGGACUCUUGGACCUCUGAGAGCGAUUCUCCUGACGACGCAGAGCUGAACGCCAUCAUGGAACAGCUGAACGACGAUUCUGAUGUCGGCAUUGAACGACAAAUGACUCCUUUCAACACAAUCCACGCCACUCCCUUCCAGCCGCGCCAAGAGCACCUCACAGAGUCUAUGGGAGGUCCGACGAAGGAGCAGCGGUUUGGGUCUGUGGAGGCCCGAAGCGAAGCCCCCAGCCCAAGCCCCGGCGGUGCCCCCAAGUACAAGCUUGACAUCCCCAAGCUUGGCUCGGACAUCGAUGCAAAUAGCAACGCUACCUUCUCUCCCCAAAAGAGUCUAAUUUCUCGUCUUCAUUCUCCUGUUCGUCAGCUCAUUACUGAGAAUGACCACGUCAGCGACUGGGAUGACAUGAUCUCCGCCGGAGAAGACGAGAAGUUCAUGAACAGAAACCGCUUCUUUGACCGCCGCAUCAACGACCUUGUUGGUUCUGCCAUUGAUGAUCGACUGGGUCCCAUGGAGCGUGCUUUGGCCGUUAUUCAACAAUCUGUGGCUUCCAUUGCCACUGGCGCUGCUAGCCGGAGGGUUUUCCGCAGCACAUCCGCUGAGAUGGAAGAUAGCGAUGCCGACGACGAGGACGACGGCGAUGUUGAGACCUCAUCCGCCCGCGAACGCUCGCCUCACAAUAUGAGGGAGCGCAAGCUGGAGAUGCUGAAGAAUGUCGUCAUGGAAGCUCUAGUUACCCAUAAUAUUCCUCAGCGCGUCGCUCCCCAUUCUAGUCAUAGUGAAAUGUCUCAGCUCAAGGAAAGCAUUGCUGAGCUGCAGGCUUUGACAAUCAAGAAUCUCGCGCAGGACCCUGUUGGUGAUAUGCGGGAAAUUCUAGAAGAGACUAUGGCCAAGCAAUUGGCCCAGCAGGUUGCAUUGCAGACCCCGCGCCUGUCUGAGGCUGAGGAGAUCGGUGCGGACAGCCUUAUGCUCCAGAUCGAUGGACUUAAAAGCAUGCUGCGCCUCGCCGAUGAGCGUGCUGAGCAGGAGUACAAGGAGCGCCGGAAUGCUCAGGAAUCUAUGACUGAGCUUCAGCGACUCUUGAAGUUCGCCGAGGAAGAUGCUGCUCGUCACAGUGCUGCCGCUGAGGACGCGGAGUCUCGUCUUCUUCAAUUUAAGGAAGAGAAGAUCCCCUACUUUGAGAAGAUGCAGUUCCGCACUGAGUCUCUUGCUGAGGAGAGCGAGACUCUCAAGGUUACCAUCGCCGAGCUCUCCACGAAGAAUAUUGCGCUCGAGGGUACCCUGGAUGAGCACCGCGUUUCCAGUGACAACUACCGCCGUCAACUCGAUGCCACCAAGGAAGAGAACAAGUCUCUCCGUGACACUGUUGAUCACCUGAAGAUCCGCAUCGAAGACAGCAUGUUAUUACGCCAGAACCUUACUGAGAAGUUCGAUCGUCUCCAGGAUGACAUGAUUAGUGUUACUGCCGACAUCUCUCGUGACCAGGCUGCCUGGCGCAAGAAGACAGAAGAGCAAACCGCCAAAUACAAUGAGCUGCGCUCCUCUUACUCUCGCGAGGUCCAACUGCGCCAGAAGCUAGAGGAGGAUGUCCGCAUGUUCGAGAAGCAGGAGCGAGAAAUCACAAAGCUGAAUUUCAUCCAAGAACAAUCACAGCAGGAGAACGUUAGGUUGGAAGAGCUGGUUGGCAAUCUGCGUGCUGAGAACCACGAUCUGGAACUCAAAGCCGCUCGCUUCGAGCGCGAGUUCACCGAAGCCCGCGAAAGCAGCCGUGUCGAAAUUCAACGCACUCGCUCUGCCAUGGAAGCAGAGUUGGAAGCCUCCAACAGCCAGGUUAAUAUUGUGCGUGCCGAGCUGGAGGCUCAGAUCAUCCGCCUGCAAACCCAGCUUGAAAACAACCGCAUGGACACCGAUACUUCCCGUGAGCGCUAUGAGCUCCUCUUGGAGGAGGCGAAGGACUCCAAGGUUACCGCUCUAGCUGCCAAGGAUCUUGCCCUUGAUGAGACGCGCAAGAUGCACGAGCGCGUUCUCAAUGACCUGCGGGAACGUCACGCACGCGCUCUGCACAAUUCUUCCGAGGAUCGCGCACGUGGUGAGAACCACAACUCGGAGCGCAUGGCUCUGUCCGAGAGCAAGGCCCAGCACUUGCAAGAACGGGUAAACCACCUCGAGGAGCGACUCGAGAUCGCCCAGUCUGCUGCCCGUGCUGCUGCUGAAGCAGCCCACAGCGCUAAGGCAGGCUCUGCGUCAGAUUCUGCCCCGGUUGCCGCACCCUCGCAUUCUCGUUCAACACCCUCAAUGUCCUUCAGCAAGGGCACUGAAGAGCCCGAUAGGAUCUCUCCCCAAGCUCUGCGGGAGUCUAUCUUCGUGCUCCAGGAUCAGCUCCAGCAGCGUGAGACACGCAUCGAGGAGCUCGAGCAAGAGAUAUCCACCAUGGACAAGGACGCGCCAAACAAGAUCAAGGAGAAGGAUACUGAGAUCACUUGGUUGCGCGAGCUCCUAGGCGUUCGUAUUGAUGAUCUGCAAGACAUCAUCCAGACUCUCUCCAAGCCCACGUUCAACCAGCACGCCGUCCGCGACGCAGCCAUUCGUCUCAGGGCGAAUUUCCAAAUGCAGCAGCAAGAAAAAGAACGGCUAACAUCCGGCAAUCUCCCCUCUCUCUCCGACCUCGCCGCCUCACCCCGCUCACUCCCCCUGGCCGCAGCCGCAGCCUGGGGAAACUGGCGUAAAGGCCGCGAAGCCAACUCAACCUCCGACCAAACCCCCUCAAAGCCCAGCAACGCCGGCACUUUCCUGUCCGGCCUGCUGACGCCCCCGAGCUCCCACGUCCGACAAAAUGGCACCGGCCAACAAACUAGUGCAGCCGCGCGGUUCGCGCAAACGCGGCCUCUGAGGGCCUUCAACUCUCCUCGACGCGGCUCUGUGCGUCAAGAGCCUGCUGUCACCGAACCUCCCAAGACCCCACCACUUCUCCGUCGCUCAAGCUAUGACCAUGAUGCCGAGCCGGCGAACUACGAGGAAGGCCACUUCGACGAGAAUGAAAGUACAGUCGAUGGGAUGGUUUCGGCUUCGCCGAAAGAGCGAGACGACGAGGGUCCGUUCGGGCCUCAGAUUGCUGAGGCCGAAGAGGCCCAUGUCGAGGACGUCUCUUCUUCCGAUGAGCCCUCUACCGAGGAGGAAUGA